UGGGCUAAUGAAGAACUGCCUGAUCCUUUGCAGCAUAGGCAAAGGAGGCAGGAGCCCCCGAGGCGGGCUGUUUGCCUGGGCUGGGGAUGCCUGGGCAGAUGCGGAGGCAGCCGCAGCGGGAAAGGUGGCACUGCACUUGGAUCGCUGGCGCUGCCAUCGUUCCUAGGAGACCGAGGAGUAGUAAGCCUGCGGGGGAGGGGGAGCAAGUGGGUUGCUGCUUUUAGAAGCUGAAAGGGCUGCAGGGAGCUCUGGGUAAGACAUUUUCUGCUGCUGCUGCCGCUUCUGCGGUAGAAGCUGCUGCGAGUAGUCAGAGGAAAGGAUCGAGAGGGAGGCGGCUUCAGUUGCAGCCAUGCUGAAUCACUGCUGUUGAUCAGAUCUGCUGGUCUGCUGGGAGAACCAAGAACAGAGCUAGGAUCCUCGCGUGCAUGCACCGUUCAGCAGCCACCACCCCUACUGGGCCUCGAACAAUGGAGGGUGAUAGCAUCAAACUGAGUUCCCAGCUUGCAUCCCAGGCCUCAGUACAGGCUGAGGGUGAUGAGAAGAACCAGAAGACGAUCACUGUCAAUCCUGCCCACAUGGGGAAGGCAUUCAAGGUUAUGAACGAACUGCGGAGUAAGCAACUGUUGUGUGACGUGAUGAUUGUGGCGGAAGAUGUCGAAAUAGAAGCUCAUCGUGUGGUCCUGGCAGCCUGCAGCCCCUACUUCUGUGCAAUGUUCACAGUCAGAGCUGAUGAAAUCGGGAAUCUGAGAAGUGAAGACAAGUGA